GCAAGCUCGACGCGCGUCGGUCGACUAACACACCGAGCUCUGUCUCGCUCUGUCCCAAUCCGAACUCUGUCUCAUCCUCGUACUAGCUUACCAGAAUGUCCAGGUCUUACGAUCGCGCCCUCACCGUCUUCUCGCCGGACGGUCACUUGUUCCAGGUCGAGUAUGCGCUGGAAGCCGUCAAGAAAGGCACAUGUGCUGUAGGCCUCCGAGGGAAGGAUGUCGUCGUUUUGGGUGUAGAGAAGAAGUCGGUCCUGCAGCUACAGGACCCACGGACAGUGAGGAAGGUCGCGAUGCUUGAUGAUCAUAUAUGCCUUGCCUUCGCCGGUCUCAAUGCUGAUGGCCGAGUCCUCAUUGACAAAGCGCGUGUAGAAUGUCAAAGUCACCGACUAACGGUGGAAGAUCCUGUCACCGUGGAAUACAUUACGAGACAUAUCGCCGGUAUCCAGCAAAAAUACACACAAUCUGGAGGUGUCCGGCCAUUCGGAGUGUCUACCCUCAUUGUUGGCUUCGAUCCCAAUGAUACCCGGCCUCGACUUUACCAGACUGAGCCUGGUGGAACCUACAGCGCGUGGAAGGCAAAUGCAAUUGGUCGCUCCUCGAAGACAGUCCGCGAAUUCCUUGAGAAGAACCACAAGGACGACCUGAGCCGGGAUGAGACGAUCAAGCUGACAAUCAAGAGCUUGCUCGAAGUCGUGCAGACGGGUGCAAAGAACAUUGAGAUCAACAUCAUGGAGAGCUAUGGCAAGAUCACCGCCUUGGAGCAGUCUGAAAUCGAAGCAGCUGUCCAGGAGAUCGAGCGCGAGAAGGAGGCUGAGGCGGAGAGGAAACGAUCGCGCCUGGCAGCAACGGCAGCUGGUCAAGCUGCGAUGUCUCAGGCAGUCCCCGGACAGUAG